GUGCGUUUGUGUGGUCACAUCGGGCGCGAAACUGAUUGUGGGGCGCAAAAGUUAAAAUGUUGCAUUAGUUUUAUGGUGUUUAGGCAACGGGCUAACAAUUGACGACUUUCUCCAGUUUAAUGAUACGAUAAAGGAAAAUAUUGACGGAGAACUAUCGACUGAAUACACAGUAAAGCUGCCUUCGGCUGAAGAAUCUACAAGAGAAAGGCUGUGCUGUUGUGAUAGGUUAGGUAGUCCACUAGUGAGUCGGUGUGCCGGUGUGUGAAGAUGUCAACAUCAACAGGCAAUGAUGCCGCUAUCAAAGGAAAAUACGCCCGUGAAAUAUUUGUUUCCCGAAUGCUCAAGGCAAUUUUAUGGAGCAUCGUGCUACAAUGUGUCUACGUCUCUCACGUGUUGUUCUUGAUGAACACAGACAUACUGCAUCCCUUACAGUGGAUCAAGAAUGCUUACACUUCCAUCAGCAGCAUUGGAACUUGGUUUUAUCUUCUUCCCUUGGGUGUCAUGACUUUUGCUCAAGGAGUUCUCAUGAGCAAAGACUUAAUGACAGAAGCAUCUUGUGUGCGAACAAGGUUUGGCAUAUUGUGCAGUGCUUUCCAGCCCAGAAACGUUGUAAUGGCUGUUCUGAAUAUGGUGUUUGGGGCAAUGAUUGUUUCAUAUUAUUCAGCUUUGUUGGGUGACGAGACUAACAUUUUGAGCAGGAAGUGUGGGAGUGAGCAUGGAAAGUGCCUCAAUGAGAGAAAUUUGUACCUAUUAUCGUGUGGUAUUUGGAUCGGUUUUUAUGCUGCUACCAAACGGCAAAUUUGGGAGGUUCGUUGUGUCAUGUUUCCAAUGGUGCAGCAGUUGAAGUCCUCUCAAGUGAAGAUGAGACUUGGCCAGUCAGUUCUGCAGUCUUUUAAGGAAGCUGUUUUGCCUUAUAUUUACUUUUGCAUUUUAUAUUGGUGGUGUGGUGGCUACCUACGAGAACAUCUGUCAGGGUUUAUAGGAUUACCUAUUGAUGAAGACUCUGCCAUACCAGUCUUCUUCUGGAUGAAACCUUUCCUGACCCUGCGUUGCCUUCUUUUCUCCGCAAUCAUCAUCCUGACUGGGCGGACAAUGGAGAUGCUGUUUCAGGUCUUUUUGACGGAAAGAUGUCAUUUUCCAAUCACGGACACUUCCGGUGACCAGGUGACAUUGAAUGAUGUCUUGGUAUCACCAUUACCAUUGAUGAAGCGGCUCGGUUACUUGGAUCUCCUUCACAUCGCUGAAAGGGAUACUGCUCGUCAAGCUGAACUUUUCUCUCUCAGCCUUCCUGGAGGUCAUCCUCACAACUGGAAUGGAGUUGUCACAGAAGUGCUGAGGGCAUUGGAUUCCUUUUCAUCUGGUCUUAGUGUUGCUGUCUGUGAUAUAAAUCGAGCAUCCAAUGGCCCCCUUCUUCCAAGCUCACCGCAGAAAUCCAAGAAACUAAAUGAAAGUUGUAUAGCACCCACAUCUCCGGUGCUAUCAUCACCAACUUCACCUUCUCUUCGUAUGAGAAACAUGUCUAUUUAUCAGGCCAAUGAUCUGAACACAAGUGUCGCUGGAAAUUCAAUGCUCUAUACUACAGACAGUGUUCAGUCAAGACAAAAGAAGGACUUGGAUUUGAUGGCAGCUUCAAAGCAGCAGCUGAAUAACGCUCUUCAAUGGAUUCGUCGCAAACCUGGCAUCAAUUUACUUUUUGGUGAAAUGGAAGAUGCUAAUGCCAGACACUUGCUGUUGCACAGCCAACACCUAUCUUGGGGAGCACAGGCCCUGGCACACUUGUCUGCUGCUUCAUUGAAGAGAGACAUUUAUGGAGUCGUGCAAAAAGACCUUCCAGCUAUAAUUAAGUCACUUGUUCAACUGAAGAAUGUAUUAGAACGCUUACCUCUCCAUCAUCAUAAACGAGCCCUUCGUCCUGGCUCAUUAGACCUGCGUUUGAAAGCUGCACUUACAUCAGCAGUCAAACGGAGCUUGUAUAUCUUAUGUAGUGCAUUUGGGCCUUACUUGACUGAAUUACCCUUAUCAGAAGAUCUCAGACAGGUUUUGAGUAACUAUGUAACUUACAAAGAAGGCUAGAUUUUUAGUACUGCACUUGAAUUUAUUGACUUAAAGGUAUCUGCUCUUAUUUUUCACUUUGUUAAGGAUAAUGAUUAUGACUGGCAUAACUUUUACUUCUAAUGAGCAGGUUUUGGCUAUGAUAUGUAGAUCUUGUCUUUUGUUUCUCUUAAUUUAUUUUUCAUUCCCCAAUGUAAGCAUAGGGAUUAUUCUUUUUGUUAGUUAAUUGCCUUGAUCUGUUGCCAACAUGUAUUUCUUCAUUAAAUUUUGUAACUGUC